UAUCCCUUUCUUUUUCCCUUUUUCUCUUUCUUCUUUUAUUGGUAAGACUGGUACAUAAUCACUGUUUCUCUUCCAAGAAUCCCAACACAAAUCCAUCUACCUCCUUCCAGAAAAAGAAAGAAGGGCUCAUCAAUGGCGAGAGAGAAGAUAAAGAUACGAAAGAUCGAUAACAUAACUGCAAGACAAGUGACUUUUUCGAAGAGAAGAAGAGGGCUUCUGAAGAAAGCUGAAGAACUUGCUGUGCUUUGUGACGCCGAUGUUGCUCUCGUCAUCUUCUCGGCCACCGGAAAACUGUUUGAGUAUGCCAGUUCCAGCAUGCAAGAGUUACUGGGAAAAUAUAAACUCCAUUCAACAAAUAAUGUCGAUAAAGUUGGCGAACCUUCUCUCAAUCUACAGCUUGUGGAAAGCGAUGAUUCGAGGAUGGGCAAGGAGGUAGUCGACAGGAAUCGUGAAUUGAGCCGAUUGCGUGGCGAGGACCUUAACGGACUAACCUUGGAAGAACUCCAACGGCUCGAGAACUUGCUAGAAGGAGGGCUCAACCGUGUGCUACAAACUAAGGAUGAACGGAUAGCAAAUGAGAUAGCGAAUCUUCAACAAAAGGGAUUUCAGUUGAUGGAAGAGAACAAGCUCUUGAAACAACAAAUGAUGACUUUGAUCUCGAAAGGCAAGAGGCCUCGGGCAACGGCUGCGGAGUUGGAGAAUUCGGUAAUUAACCUCGAAGAUCAAGGACAGUCUUCGGAGUCUGUUGCAACUAACGUGUAUAGUUGCAACAGCGGACCUCCUCCCGAGGAUGAUUGCUCAGAUACUUCUCUAAAACUGGCGUUACCCUUCAACUAAAGAUGGCAAACAACAAUGGAAAAGGUGGUGGUGGUGGUGGUGGGGUUUCCAAGUGAAUAAGAAGUGUUGCAUUAGCUCAAUAGUGUAUAUUGUAAUGCAUUGGUAUUAUGUUUGUUGUAUGGAAACAAAAUCAAGACUUUGUAACUUCCAUUUUGAAAGUUAUUUGUAACUUGUGUUCAUCGUUUUGUUUCUGUAUUUUGUAUUGUAAUAUAUCUUUUAGCUGGUUUUUG